AUGUAUCCGAUCUCAGCGGGUGCGGGGUUCCGAAGCCCCUAUCCCACGUCAUUACCCAUUAGUAGUACAACUCUAUUACCGGGUCAUCCCGGUCUUAGUCCUCACGGUCAUCAUUCACUAUCAUCCCAUCCGGCCAUUGUCACCCCUGGACCCAAACAAGAAUUAGGACAUCAUACUCAGUCGGAUCACAACCACCGAAUUCGAGAUUCGAAAUCACAGGACGCAAGUUCGCAGAACGAUAAAAAGAAACCACACAUAAAGAAACCAUUGAACGCUUUCAUGCUUUACAUGAAGGAAAUGAGAGCGAAAGUGGUAGCAGAAUGUACCCUUAAAGAAAGUGCUGCCAUCAAUCAAAUAUUAGGUAGAAGAUGGCAUGCCCUUGGUCGCGAGGAACAGGCGAAAUAUUACGAGCUCGCACGUAGGGAACGACAGCUGCACAUGCAGCUCUAUCCUGAUUGGUCGUCUAGGGCCAAUUCCUCCCGCGGAAAGAAGAGGAAGCGGAAACAGGAGGCUAACGAUGGAGUAUUACUCCCCACCCCUCCAGGGCGGGGGCGGGGCCCGAGCUAUGAUCGUAACAAUAUGAAAAAGUGCCGAGCUCGAUACGGUCUCGAUCAGCAAAGUCAGUGGUGCAAACCUUGCAGGUGA